AUGAAGAACUCAUUGGCAAUAAUUACAGGUCCAAAUGGAAACAGUGCAUUGAAAUCAUGCUGUGGGAUUGGAGGGAAAUACAAUUUCGAUUUCAAGAGAUUCUGUGGAGAUAAAGGAGUCCCGGUUUGCAGAAACCCGAACGACUACAUAUACUGGGACGGGAUGCAUUUCACGCAACAGACUCACUGGGACUUUGAGGAUAUGUUGGUGAGGCCAGCAUUGAUUACCCUCAACUGCACGCCACUCAUAGAUGCCAACACGCGUGCCAUGCGCAGUAGGAUUAGCAUUCGCAGUCUUGUUGGUAAUGUCAUGCCUGGGGACUCUCGAUCUAGCAUGUGA